CCUGAUUACUGUGUGUUGUAAAUGCUGGAUCAGAGGAGCAUCUAUAAAGUCAUCUUCAGUUAGUGCUUCAUCAGCACAUCAGUGUGAGGAGAGCAGAGCUGUUUCCUGCUGUCUGUCACACUGCUGCUCACAUGACAACAGCUGCACAGCUUUUUAUUAUCUGUCUGCUGGACUGCAGGAACAAUGUUGAAGCUGGAGGAGUGUCGACAGGGGAUCCGCACAGAGCUGGAUAAAGUAGUGGACUUCUGGCUGAAAUACUCCCAUGACACUGUACAUGGAGGCUUCUUCACUUGUAUUGGGAGGGAUGGGAAGGUUUAUGAUGAGCUGAAGUAUGUGUGGUUGCAGGGUAGACAGGUGUGGAUGUACUGCCGCCUGUACCGAACCAUGGAUCGCUUCCACAAGCCUGAAAUUCUUGAAGCAGCAAAAGCUGGAGGAGCAUUCCUGAGAAAGUUUGCUCGUGUUUCCAACAGCAGUGGCCAAUGGAAGUGUGCCUUCUGCUUAACAAGAGACGGUAAAACAGUCAAAAUUCAGAGGACCAUAUUCAGUGAGUGUUUCUACAUCAUGGCCAUGGAUGAACUGAGCAGGGUCACUGGUGACAAGGACAUGCAGCUGGAGGCUGAACAGAUGAUGGAGCAGCUCAUCUACUGGGUGCGGGAGGACUCGUCAGGUUUGGGUCGGCCCCAACUUCCUGGAGACAUUCCCACCAAUAGCAUGGCAGUUCCCAUGAUGCUGCUGUGUCUGGUGCAACAACUUUCUGAAGGCCGAGGGCAGGAAGUGGUUCACAAGUACAGAGAGCUGGGCAGCUGGUGUGUACAGCAGAUUCUACAACAUGUCCAGAGAGACGGUGCAGCUAUCUUAGAGAAUGUGUCAUUGGGGGGAGCAGAGCUGCCCGGUUGCCAGGGCCGACUGCAGAACCCAGGCCAUGCCCUGGAAGCAGGCUGGUUCCUGCUUCAGUACAGUGCAGAGUGGGGGGACAAAGAGCUCCAGGAAACAGCCAUACAAAAAUUUGUGGAGCUCCCCUAUCAGCGUGGCUGGGAUACAGAGCAUGGUGGCCUCUUCUACUUCCUGGAUGUGGAUGGUCACUGCCCCACACAGUUGGAGUGGAGUAUGAAACUAUGGUGGCCUCACUGUGAAGCUCUCAUUGCCUUCCUGAUGGCCUACAGCCAAACCAAGAAGCCCGAGCUGCUGGAGAGAUUCUCUCAAGUUUAUGAAUACACCAUGAGCAAUUUUUCUGAUGCUGAGAAUGGAGAGUGGUUUGGCUAUUUGACACAAGAAGGAAGAGUGUCCCUGGACUUUAAGGGAGGCCCUUUUAAAGGGUUCUUCCAUGUGCCUCGCUGCCUGUAUAUGUGUGAGCGUAUCCUGGAUGAUCUGCUGGCAAACAAGGACUGAGUGCUCAGACAUGACUUGUGAAGUCUGUUGGCCUAAUCAAACUGUAAUCAGGUUAUAAAUCAAAAUGACACUCAUCUUGAAUGUGCAUUGCUACAAUGUCAUUUGCUCCACCUCAUCACAAGUCCAGUUACUUAGCGGUUCACAUGAUUAGUUGGGAAGCAAUAUUAGAGCACUACUACUACGUAAGAUAGUAGUGUUCUUUAUACAUCGUCCAGCUCCAGUGGCUUUUGUUGAGGUAACCUUUCUUGCUCAGAUAAAUCAUGUUUUUUGUCACAUUUAAGAAACAAUUCCCCCUGCAGGACUGUUCCAACUCAGGACCUUUCUUGCUGUAAUGCGACAUUGUUAGCCACUGAGGCACUGUACCGCCCCCUCCUCAAAAAGUGCCUUCUACAUUUACACUGACCUUUUAAAGAGUAUCUAUCUUUACAUUAUUUUCAUUCCAGUUUAUAUUAUAUUAUAAUGUUUUUUUCCAAGCAUACCAAUUGCUUUUUCAACAUACCGAUGAAUCAUAAUGUAUGUCAGAAAAAACAUUAAAGCUGCAGUAGUUUAGUGAUUGUAACAUGCUUGGCAUCUGUGGGCUUUCUGGACAGUAAAUGGAUUUCACAUUGAAAUAUUAAAUGAUG